AUGAGUCAGCCGAGACAUCCCAUUCUGGAAGCCUCCAUUGGAGGCCUCAGGUGUCCCCCCCUGCUUCUUCAGGUGUCUCAGUCCGCAGUCACGCCUCUCUCUCUCUCUGCCCACAAUCCAGAUUUCGCAGCCUGGCUGUCAUCCUCCUUUCCUUCUAUUCUUCAUUUGAGGAAGACUCUCUCCUUGAUACUCUUCUCCAUUUCCCUCCUUUUCCACUAUUCGUUGUUCUCCAUCGGUCCACUCAUCAAGAUCUCGGCCUUCUGUACCAUUGGUUCUGCUCCCUCCGCCCACACUCGGGAGAACCACACCCAGAGGUUCCUGCCUGUGGAUAUUUCCUCCGUUCUUCGCCGACGACAACCACUCGACCUUUCCAUCCUCAGUCUCUCCUUGAGGAAAUCAUCACUCUCCUGCCUUGACCGAUGA